AUGCAGACUGCUUCUAUUAACAUUUGUGAAAGAAUGGGUCGCUCUCAGGAGCUCAGUGAAUUCAAGCGUGGUACCCUGAAAGGUUGCCACCUGUGCAAUAAGUCCAUCCAUGAAAUUUCAUUGCUACUAAAUAUUCCACGGUCAACUGUUAGUGGUAUUAUAACAAAAGUGGAAGCAACUGGGAACAACUGCAACUCAGCCACGAAGUGAGCAGAGUCAACGCAUGCUAAAGUGCACAGUGCGCAGAAGUCACCAGCUGGCUGCAGUCAAUAACUAACAUGUUCCAACAUGACUGCGCACCAGUGCACAAAGCAAGGUCCAUAAAGACAUGGA